CUCUGAGGGCAGCGCUAACUGGCUUUGCUCAGGGCUGAUUGGAGCGGUAGAGUUGGGAGCCCUCUCAGCCAGCUGGUGUUGUCCCUGUGUGGUUGAGAGGAGGGAACCCUCAACCCCAUCCCAGAACCUCCUGGCCUUCAGCACCUUUGGAUCAAUAAGUGUGCCCUGAGCACCUCCUGGGUACCCAGCACUAUGCUGGCCAAGCCUGCGGAGUCGAGCAACAACUGGGCUCCGCCUCACCAGGGAAUCUCAAUCACUGCAAAGGACAGACAGGUGGAAUGACAGAAGGAGUUGGAUCAACCAGUGCCAAGUGUUUCUACUUGGCAGAGUGAUUCUUUUGCAUGAAAGAUACAGAAGCCCAUCCCAGCCUCUACAUGCUGUUGGAGAUCAGUGACACUCAGCCACCGUGCUGAAGGGAGCCCGGGCCAGCAGCCACCAUGGCAUCGCGCAUCGGGCUGCGCAUGCAGCUCAUGCGGGAGCAGGCGCAGCAGGAGGAGCAGCGGGAGCGCAUGCAGCAGCAGGCCGUCAUGCAUUACAUGCAGCAGCAGCAGCAGCAGCAACAACUGGGGGGGCCUCCCACUCCAGCCAUCAACACCCCCGUCCACUUCCAGUCGCCGCCGCCUGUGCCCGGGGAGGUGCUAAAGGUGCAGUCCUACCUGGAGAAUCCCACCUCCUACCACCUGCAGCAGUCCCAGCACCAGAAGGUGCGGGAGUACCUGUCAGAGACCUACGGGAACAAGUUCGCUGCCCACAUCAGCCCCGCCCAGGGCUCCCCAAAGCCCCCACCAGCCGCCUCCCCCGGAGUACGGGCUGGACAUGUGCUGUCCACCUCAGCCAGCAACAGUGCACCCAACAGCCCCAUGGCCAUGCUGCACAUCAGCUCCAACCCUGAGAAGGAGUUUGAUGACGUCAUUGACAACAUUAUGCGUCUGGACAAUGUGCUGGGCUACAUCAAUCCUGAAAUGCAGAUGCCCAACACGCUGCCCCUCUCCAGCAGCCACCUGAACGUGUACAGCAGCGACCCCCAGGUCACAGCCUCCCUGGUGGGUGUCACCAGCAGCUCCUGCCCUGCGGACCUGACCCAAAAGCGAGAGCUCACAGACGCUGAGAGCCGAGCCCUGGCCAAGGAGCGGCAGAAGAAAGACAAUCACAACCUGAUUGAACGGAGACGGAGGUUCAACAUUAACGACCGCAUCAAGGAGCUGGGAAUGCUGAUCCCCAAGGCCAACGACCUGGACGUGCGCUGGAACAAGGGCACCAUCCUCAAGGCCUCCGUCGACUACAUCCGGAGGAUGCAGAAGGACCUGCAGAAGUCCAGGGAAUUGGAGAACCACUCUCGGCGCCUGGAGAUGACCAACAAGCAGCUCUGGCUCCGCAUCCAGGAGCUGGAGAUGCAGGCCCGAGUCCACGGCCUCCCCACCACCUCUCCAUCAGGCGUGAACAUGGCUGAGCUGGCCCAGCAGGUGGUGAAGCAGGAGCUCCCCAGCGAGGAGGGCCCAGGGGAGGCUCUGAUGCUGGGGGCAGAGGUCCCCGACCCCGAGGCGCUGCCAGCUCUGCCCCCCCAGGCCCCGCUGCCCCCUCCUGCCCAGCCACCGUCCCCAUUCCAUCACCUGGACUUCAGCCACAGCCUGGGCUUUGGGGGUGGGAGUGACGAGGGCACCGCAGGCUACUCCGACCCCCUGGGCCCAGAGCAUGGCUCCCCAUUCCCCAACCUGUCCAAGAAGGAUUUGGACCUCAUGCUCCUGGACGACUCCCUGCUACCGCUGGCCUCUGACCCCCUCUUCUCCACCAUGUCCCCUGAGGCCUCCAAGGCCAGCAGCCGCCGGAGCAGCUUCAGCAUGGAGGAGGGCGACGUGCUGUGACGCCGGCUGCCCCUGUGCCAGGGAACAGGGGCAGGCCUGGGGGCUGGGGGGAUUCCUCCCUCCCACCCUUCAGGCUGCACUUGUGUGUGAAGUAGCCACCUGCCCUGCCUCACUCCUCCCUGUUGGCCCCGUUUGGACUUAGUGCCAGCCUGGCAGCCUGUGGGGUCGGGAGAAGCUCCCGCCUGUCCCAGUGCCCCCGCCAGAGGCAGCCCUCUUGAUGGGGCUGGAAGGGAAUGGGCUCCGGGGGUGAGAUCAUGAGGGGGAACAGAGGGGACAGGGUGGACUAGAGGCAAGAAGAGCGCCUGGCAGGGGAGGUCCUACCUUCUGAGGCUGAGUGCCCCCCUCCAAUGGAGGACACCCUGGAGCAGGGGUUCAGGAAACUCCUCUGUGGAAGGAACUGGCCAGGGUGCCCAGGCCUGCCUUUCUGGGACUUGAAUGGCAACAAGCCCAACCCCCAGCCUGGUACUCCCCCCACAGGAGGGGCACCCACCCCCCUUUGGUGCUAACAACUCCCCCCAGGGUGGUAUGACGGUGGGGUGGCCAGAAGAGGGGGCUGGGUUCAGGGUGGAGCGCGGGGUCCCUGCUGGAAGAACAGCUCCCCUCCGGACCUCCCACUGUGUGCCUUUAGUAAACACUGUGCUUUGUA